GACUGGCAGUGGAAAGGCGGCUACCUCGAGCGAGGGCGGCACUGCGGAAAGCCCCUCUUCGUGCGCGAUGGUGCAGAUGGUGGUGUCGAAUACGUCAUCUACUACCAUUCCGGAUUCGCAAGGUGGUUUCUGGGCAAGAAAGUCUGCACUGAGCAGAGUGUGAGCUUCAGCUGCAAGUCUCUGGAUGAUGCUUCUUCCCCUGAGCUCUGCUCAUGGGAGCAAGACAAUAUCCAGGCGAUCGUUGAGAAGACGCAGAUGGAUGCAUGGGAUGAAGAGGACAAGUCCUUGUUCUAUGACAAGACCUUCCCCCACAGGCAGAUUCCGUCCAUCGAUGGUCCGGGAGCCACUGCUACCGGCUUGGCUCAGCCAAUGUGGGUUCCAGCACGACGACUCCACCGCGGUCAGUGGCGAUUGUUUGAUGGCAUUGAUCCCCAAGACCUGCUGCAAGGAAAAGUUGGCAACUGCUGGCUAAUGGCUGCCCUGGCAGCGUUGGCGGAGUAUCCGAGAGCCGUAGAGAAGGUUUUUAAGGUCGAUGGCUCCCAAACUGACGGCCGAUUCGUGCUGCAGCUCUUCGACUACCGCUGCGGGCAGAUGGUGGACGUUGUCGUGGACGAGUACAUCCCCUGUGCACAUGCCCACUGGUGGGCGGAUGAGGCGGAGCCCUACUUCUCGCAGCCACAUGGAAACGAGAUGUGGUGCCUCAUUCUCGAGAAGGCGUUGGCCAAGCUGUUCGGAAGCUACGCACACUUAGCCGAGGGACAGCCCAGCAGUUGCUUUCGAGCCGUGACCGGCUGUACGGAGGAAGAGCUUUGGAACUACUCCGGUGGAGCGUGGCUGCAGAGUACCAUGUCCCCGGACCACUUGAACCGCUUCCAGUACAACAGCAAGCACCGGAAUUCGGUCAACCCGGAGGAUUUCUGGAAGCAGCUUUGCGAGCACAACCUGCA